GGGGCUGGGGUGGGCCCGCGCUAGGGGCCGUGGGUGGGCUCUGGCCUCGGGGCUCCCGCCGCGCCUUCCAGCUGCUCAGCAGGCUCCAGCCCGGCGCCUCGCGGCCCGCCUGCACUCUCCGGGGACGCCCCGCUCCGCUGUCACGUUUAGGAGUUCAAGCCUGGGACAAUGGUGUGCAUUCCUUGUAUUGUCAUUCCAGUUCUGCUCUGGGUCUACAAAAAAUUCCUAGAGCCAUACAUAUACCCUCUGAUUUCCCCUUUUGUUAGUCGUAUAUGGCCUGGAAAAGCUAUACAGGAAUCCAAUGAUAAAAAUAAAGGCAAAGUAGACUGUAAGGGUGGAGACAUAAAUGGAUUACCAACAAGAGGAUCAACAGAAAUCUCUGAGAAAAAGAAAGACUAAAGCAAUUUUCCCAAAGGAUCUCGUUUUCAAAAUGGACCUGAAAAUAUGAAGCACCUUCUUUGUAAUUGUCUCUGACCUUUUUCACUGAGACCAGAAUUCAGGAUAGGUAGGUUAGAUGUUCACCUGAUACUAAUCAGGAAAUACAUGGUAUCUGUAUUUAAAAUGUAGUUAGUUAUAUUUAAUGACCUCAUUCUUGAGUUCCUUUUUCACUAAUGUAGCUUUCAUUUCUAUUAUUGCUGUUUUAACAAUAUGAAUAAAUAGAAGGUUUGUGCCAGUAGACAUUCAGUUACUAAACCAGUACUUAAAAACCUUUGGUCUUUCAUUCACAUGCAUUGGACUGCUGUUUACUCUCAUUUCUUGGAUCCUCAAAUUUGAGUGGAGUGCAGUUUUACUGUGAAACAGUUAAGUGAGACUGUGCCAUGAAAUGAAGAGUAGAGUUGUUGGAGAUGAUGAUGAUGUGAAACAUAAAGAUACACUUACUGUCCAACACGAUGGAGCAGCUUGUCCGUGCAAGUAGGAAUUACUAUUUAUUGCUCUGAGAAGAUAGAAAAGACAGGAAAACAGGAAACCUCUUUUACAUAAAUAUCUACUGUAUAUUAUAAAAUUCUAAUCCUUGUUGCGUUCCUUCUAUUCCUACAGAUGUAUUAAACAUACAGUUUAA